AAGUUUGUAAAAUAUUUUUUUUUAUUUGUCAUGUUAGAAAUUAAUAAUGGUUCUUUAAAAUAUUGGAACACUAUGUUAUUGUUUUAUUUAUCAAUGAGUACUGUCACUGUUCCUGAUGAAUGGCCAAUAGUUCCCGUGAUUGCAAUAAAUCGUUAUCCUUUAUUUCCGGGCUUCAUUAAAAGAAUCAUUAUUGAACAGGACGAGUCAUUGAAAGAAAUGCUGCGUCGGAAAAUUAAAAUGCGCCAGCCAUAUGUCGGUGUUUUUACGAAGAAAGACGAUGAGAAUAAAGCUGAAACAGUAACAUCGUUGGCAGAUAUCUUCUCGGUUGGCACGUUCGCACAUAUUUUAGAAAUAAGAGAUCAUGGAGCUUUUAUAGAGAUGAUUUUGUCAGCUUAUCGUCGCAUUCGAAUCUUGGAGCCCGUCGAAGAUACAAUGGAUGAUGUAUCAGCCAGCAAAGUUAACGGUCGUCGUACUGGUCAGCAACAGAGACGUCUAUUAUUGCGGAAAAAUGUUAAAGACAAAGUAGAAAAAGAAGAACAAACAGCUGAACCAGCAAUCCCAGAAACACCAAUAAUUCUUGCGAGAACUGAAAAUGUUUUACCUCAGCAUGCUGAAAGGAGUUUGGAACUUAAAGCGACCAUGCAAGCAAUUGUGCAGACCAUUCGAGAUAUCGUGCAAUAUAACACUUUAUUUGGCCAACAAAUCAAUCUUCUUCUCCAUCCUUCACAAAAUGUCAUCGACAAUCCAGUGUAUUUGUGUGAUCUUGUCGCUACUAUUGUGCAAAGUGUUGAUACUUCUGAUUUACAAGAAAUUAUGGAAGAAGUUAACGUGAAACGACGUCUAGAAUUAGCUCUCGUACUGAUUGAAAAAGAAAAGACGUUUGCUCGAUUGAAACACGAUAUAAAUAAAGAUGUAGAAAAGAAGGUUCAAGAGCAGCAUCGUAAAUUCCUCCUCAAUGAGCAGCUAAAAGCUAUAAAAAAGGAGUUGGGCAUUGAGAAGGAAGAUAAAGUUGCUAUCGCUGAAAAAAUGGAUGAACGCCUUAAGGAUUUGAAUGUGCCUGAGUAUGUGCUGAAAGUGAUUAAAGAAGAACAAGCAAAACUUUCUUACCUUGAUCCUCAUUCCAGCGAAUUUUCGGUAUCACGCAAUUAUUUGGACUGGUUAACGAGUAUGCCAUGGGGUAAAACAUCAAAAGAAACUUUUGAUCUUGACUGGGCGAUUAAGGUGCUCAAUGAGGAUCAUUAUGGCAUGAAAGAUGUUAAGGAUCGGAUUUUGGAAUUUAUGGCUGUGAGUAUAUUGAAAAAAAAGGUUGGUGGUAAAAUACUAUGCUUUCAUGGGCCACCCGGAGUUGGCAAAACAAGUAUUGCGAGAUCGAUCGCAAGGGCGUUGAAUAGGGAGUAUUUUCGAUUUUCGGUUGGUGGAAUGAGUGAUGUGGCUGAAAUAAAAGGCCAUCGUAGGACGUAUGUUGGAGCUAUGCCAGGAAAAAUGAUACAAUGCCUGAAAAAGGUACAAACUGAAAAUCCAUUGGUACUGAUAGACGAGGUUGACAAAGUUGCUGUUGGUGGAUAUCAUGGAGAUCCAUCAUCUGCUCUUCUUGAGCUUCUUGAUCCGGAGCAAAAUAGUAAUUUUAAUGACCACUUUCUCGAUGUUCCAGUCGAUCUGUCAAAGGUAUUAUUUAUAUGCACAGCCAAUGUAACUGAUACAAUACCUGGGCCAUUGAAAGAUCGUAUGGAACUGAUUGAAGUUUCCGGUUAUGUUGCUGAGGAAAAAGUCCACAUCGCCAAUGAUUAUUUAAUCCCUCAGUGUCGAACAGACUGUGCAUUGACUGAAGCUGAUUUACAAAUUUCAUCUGACGCUUUGCAUUUACUCAUCAAGCAGUACUGUAGAGAAUCAGGUGUUCGAAAUUUACAGAAACAUAUCGAAAAGAUAUUCCGUAAGGCUGCUUUUAUCAUUGCUGGUAGGAAUCAUCGCAACGAAUUGAUUGUUGUUGGCAAAGACAAUUUAGAGAAAUUCGUAGGAAGACCCAAAUUUACUAGUGAUCGACUUUAUGAUAUUACACCUGUGGGUGUGAUUAUGGGGCUUGCUUGGACUGCUAUGGGUGGUUCAGCAUUGUAUAUAGAAGCAUCAUUAAGGAGACGAUUAAGUAGCGGGUUUGAUAAUGAAAAGGGAAAUAUAGAUGGCACUCUUGAAGCUACUGGACAUCUUGGUGAUGUUAUGAAAGAAAGUAUGCGCACUGCAUACACAGUUGCUCGCAAUAUCCUUUUACAGCGUUGUCCUGACAAUGAUUUUUUGGAAAAAGCACAUGUCCAUGUACAUGUGCCAGAAGGAGCUACACCAAAAGAUGGUCCUUCUGCUGGUUGUACAAUUGUUUCUGCGUUGCUUUCACUUGCUUUCAAUAAACCAGCGCGCAGCAAUAUUGCAAUGACGGGUGAAAUAACAUUAACCGGGCGUAUUCUACCUGUUGGUGGUAUUAAGGAAAAAAUCAUCGCAGCAACCAGGGCUGGUGUCAGUUGUGUUAUAUUACCAGAAGAAAAUCGAAAGGAUUACGAUGAUUUGCCAGAAUUCAUUCGUUCUGGUGUUGAAGUUCAUUUUGUAAAUCAUUAUGAUCAAAUAUUUGACUUAGUCUUUCCAACUUCCUAA